AUGGCGUCCCUCCUCACGCUCCCCGCCCUCGCCCUCUCUAACCCCGCCACCGCCUCCGGCGCCGUCCGGCUACGCGCCGCGGCCCUCCGCUGCUGGGCGCUCCGGCGGCGGGCGAGGUCGCACUCCUCGGGUUCUGGUUCUAGCACCUACCAGAGAGUUAGCCAAACAAGUCGAGAAGGAAAUAAAGGAAUCAGGACAAGCUUCGGCACAUGGGGUUUGAGGAAGAUGUGGAGACAAUAUUACAAAAGCUUCCUCAUGGACAGGCAAAGCAUGCUGUUCUCUGCGACGAUGCCUAGUUGGGUGAACAAACUGUCCAGGCGGUACUUGAACAACCCUUUGACAAUUGACUUGGUUGGUGAUCAAGAUGAAAAGCUUGCUGAAGGAAUCAAACUCUAUGCUAUCCCACUCACAGCAACAUCAAAGCGCACCAUUCUUAGUGAUCUAAUUACGGUUUAUGCAAAGGGUGGGAAAACCAUUGUUUUCACUCGUACGAAGAAAGAUGCAGAUGAGGUAUCAUUGGCACUGACAAACAGUAUUGCUUCUGAGGCACUUCAUGGUGAUAUUUCACAGCAUCAGCGUGAGCGGACACUAAAUGGAUUUCGUCAAGGGAAAUUUACUGUUCUAGUAGCUACAGAUGUUGCUGCCCGUGGUCUUGAUAUACCAAACGUUGAUUUGAUUAUCCAUUACGAAUUGCCAAAUGAUCCAGAAACUUUUGUCCAUCGUUCUGGACGCACUGGACGUGCUGGGAAAGCAGGAACUGCAAUCUUGAUGUUUACCAGCAGCCAGAAAAGGACAGUUAAGUCUCUUGAGCGUGAUGUUGGUUGCAAGUUUGAGUUUAUAAGCCCUCCGUCCAUGGAAGAAGUGCUGGAGUCAUCUGCUGAGCAUGUCAUUGCUACAUUGCGUGGGGUGCACCCAGAGUCGACUCAGUACUUUCUUGGAGCAGCUGAGAAAUUAACAGAAGAAUUAGGACCUCAUGCUCUUGCUUCUGCACUGGCACAUCUGAGUGGGUUUUCUCAGCCACCUUCUUCACGUUCUCUGAUCAGUCAUGAGCAGGGAUGGGUCACAUUGCAACUAAGUAGAGAACAAGGAUAUGGCAGAGGCUUCUUUUCUCCUAGAUCUGUUACUGGUUUUCUAUCUGAUGUUUAUUCAGCUGCUGCAGAUGAAGUUGGCAAAAUAUACCUAACAGCAGAUGAGAACGUCCAAGGAGCAGUCUUCGAUUUGCCUGAGGAAAUCGCAAAGGACCUGCUUACUAUGGAGCUCCCCCCAGGAAACACCUUAGUCAAAAUAUCGAAGCUGCCUGCGUUGCAAGAUGAUGGUCCUGCCACUGAUAGCUAUGGUCGCUUUUCCAAUGACCGAGGUUCCAGGAACAGGCGUUCCAGGGGUGGAAGCGCUGCAAGAGGCCGGGGUGGUUGGGACACUGACGGUGAGGACCGAUUCCGCCGUGGUGGCAGGAGCUUCAGGUCUGACAACGAUAGUUGGUCAGAUGAUGACUGGUCAGGCGGUGGGAGAAAAUCAACCCGUUCCUCGUCCUUUGGUAGCCGCCCAUCAUCUUACGGCAGCCGUGGCUCACCAUCCUUCGGUGGGCGCUCAUCAUCCUUCGGUGGUAGGGAGAGCAACAGAAGCUUCAGCGGUGCUUGUUUCAACUGCGGUGAAUCCGGUCACCGUGCAUCAGACUGCCCAAACAAGUAG